CAAAAUUUCUGUCGCCUUGUUUAAAUUUCAUCAAAAUUUUUCAAAUCUAUUUAUUAAUUUAUGUGAUAUAAAUCGUUUGAUUCGUCAUUAACUAGGUAGUAAUAGAUAAAUUAUCCUGUUUCAUCACUUUGGAUAAAUCAACACUUCGGAAAUAAAUUUGUAAGAUUUUUGAAUAUUUGUGGAAAUUAUCAAAUGGGUAAAUUAACUCGAAAGAAAAACCGCAAAAGCCGUCGUACACCAUAUGAAAGGGUUCGCGAUAUUCCACUCACGAGAACAGAAAUUGUUCUACAUCGAAUGUUCACUCAGAAUGCUGACAACAUAAAUUCAGUUCAAAACUCUGAAAUGUCUAACGCAAUGCUGAAGGACCUCACCCGAAGACCAGACAGAAUCAUCACAAGGCAGAUGUUAGCAUCUUUGAAUAUUAAGACGCCUUCUGCAAUGGACAGUUAUUCGGAAGGUGAGGAGGAUAAAGAAGAUGCCAGUGGGCUGUCUAAUGCUAAAAGGAAGAAGGUGGUUAAUUCUUCUGGUCCUCGUAAGUCUGAGAAUGACUACGGGAAACGACUGCAAAGGAAAGAACGACAGAAGUACAAAGAUAGACCGAAAACAGCAUGUGUUGAUCAUGUAGAGGAUGCUUCGAUAACAGGUUGGAUGAAUAAGGCUGUGCGUUCUUUUUCUUCUUUCAUAGCAGGUUUUAUGCCUUAGAAAUAAUUUUUUCCAUUAGUUUAGCUCUUUAUUAAUUAAUUAGAUAUUAUACUUGAUAAUAAAUGGAAAUAAGUGCACCAGAUUCCAAUUAGACUCAAUAAAUAUCACA